AUGGCCGACAGCGCUCACCGCCACAGCACCGCCCCGCUCCAGGAUGCUGAGGCUGCUUUGCGUCAUGACGGAGCUGGCUCCCCCCACGUGAAUAUCAUCAAUCCCACCCCGCAAACCAACUUGCCGCUGCGACAGGCGUUCAGACAGCCCAUCUGCGCGCCGCCACCCAAGAUCCAUGACAUUACGGAGAAAUUCCUAAAAGCUAGCAACGCUCUAGAGGUUGGACAACUCGUCAAAGAUGACUACUUCACGCUCUUCGAGUCCAUCGGAGCCAUCGAAAUCAUGGAUCCCAAGAUGGACAGCGGCUUCCUGGAGCCCGGAGAGACGCUUGAAGACGAUUACGACACAUCGACACCGCUCUUGCCAGAAGAGCUGAUCGGUAUCAUGGACCAGCUGCUCUGCUACGAGAUGGCAUGGCAUACAGGCUACCCUCUCUCCCAGACGCUCUUCACGUCCGUCUACAUCGACAAGCUGCUCUGGCCGGAGCCAAAGACCCUCGAACAAUCCCAGUUCCUCCCCAACGGUGAAAGCGCUCACGGGCCCUCGGUGCAGGCAUUGCUGCAGGUGCUGAGGGCGUAUUGCUUAGCACUCAUCAAAGGUUGCGACUACGUGAUAGCGAAAAUCACCAGUCGAGAUUACUUUGAGGAGGAAGACUUUUGCACACAGACCUACAAUAGAGUCCUGUUCGUCAGUACGCCGAUGGAUGUCUUCUUAAGAGAGCUUGAUGCUGCUGUCGAGGUCAUGGAAGAUCCGGCACUGGAUGUCAAGGAUGCACUUCGCUCGGCCAUCACGUCUAGACUGGAGUUCCGUAGAGAUUUCUUGAGAGCUCUAGAUUUGGAGCACCCGCUCGAGCAUAUGACAUCUUCAUGGCCUCCAGUGCUGCGAGGUAUGACCACCAUCAAGGCCACGCACCAGCUCGGACAAUCUGUACCCGGGGCCUUCAGCACGAAAAUGCAACGCAGACUAGCUUCGACCGUGCCACCUCGGCCGAUCGUCGAGUUCGACUUCAAGGACGCGCUGGACCUGCUUGAGCACAUCUGUGUCGACUGCGAAGAGGCCACUCGGUUCAUCAAUCUGCCCCAAGAUCCGCUCGAAUACCAAUCGUUCCUCUGGGCUUUUGCGUCGAGAUCGCCUGCACCGCUAGCAUACUCGAGAUCCUAUCUGUCUACGCUGCUCUUCCACCCCGAGAUCCUAAACACAGCCGUGUCGUUACCACUAGCAGACGUCAAGACGCUCGUCUUCCUCGCGUCGCCUAUAGUAGACCCGAUCAACUGGACUCUGUCUCCACCGCGCAACCCUCUUCUGCCCAAACCGCCUCGGCUACAGAUGGCCAUGCUCAUUGACGAAUUCGUCGACCGAUCCGGGCAACCCUACCUCGACCUCUGGGUCGCCUUGGGCCAGAACAGAUGCCGUCUCCGCCGCAUGUUCACCCACGUCAUCACCGGCUGGGACCUCCUCCAAGCCGACGCCAGCCUCGUCGAUACAGAUCUGGCCGCCGCCGCCGCCGAGCUCAACAUCACAGACCAAAUGCUCGAGUUCCCCCUCUCCACAUGGGUGUACCACCGAAAGCUGUGGAUGAUCGAGAAGGUCAUCCUCCUCGGCUUCGAGCAGGACAUCUACCUCCCAGACGAGUUCUCGGGCAUGUAUCUCUUCCUCUCUCUGAUCGCGACACGCCGUCGCGAACUCCUCUCGCGGAUCCAAACCCACCACACCACACGGCACACGCAGCUCCUGCGCUCGCGCGACCUACGCACCGCAACCGCCGUGGCCUCUGCAUCCCGGCACCUCGACAGCCUCGCAGCAGCCGCAACCGGCACCGCAGCCCUCAGCCUCGCACUCGCCCGCUUCUACAUGCUCGCCACCUACCUCCGCUUGCUCCCCCUCCCCAAACGGCCCUUCGGCACAGAACCCCUCCGCUACGAACUCCGCAUGAAACCCUUCCUCGCCGUCCAACCGCCCGAGGUACCCCCUUUCGCGGACUUUAAAACGCACACGCAGCCCUACGGCCCUUACACGGCGCCAGACGCCGGCUUCGCGGCCGACGUGCAGAACGCCACCUCGGAGCUGUGGGCCGAAGUCGACGGGAACGUCCAGGUUGCGCGAGCGGCGUUUGCGGAGCUGAGGCGGCUGGGGCCCGAAGCGGCGAAGUCGGUGGGCGUCGCGAAGGCGUGGGAGCGCGAGGUGCAGGGUCUGCUGGCGAGUUGCGUCGCGCUUGGGGUCGCGGCGGCGGGGGUUAGGGACGCGGUGGGGAGAGCUGGGGCGGAGCUGGGGGCGUUGGACGUCCGUGUUGAGAUUCCCGGUGCUGGGGUGGAGGGGAAGAAGCGGUAUGCCGAGGGGUGGGUGGUUGUUAGUGUUGUGAACAAGUAG